AUGUGCUCUCACGUGUGUAAACUUGUAGUUUUAGGAGAUUCAAGCGUAGGAAAAACUUCAAUAAUCCACAACUUCAUCAACAAAGAGUUCGUUGCCAAUUUCAAAUCAACAAUUGGAGCAGAUUUCUCUUCGACAGAAAUCGAUGUCGAUCAAAACAAGAUUGAAUUGCAGAUAUGGGACACUGCAGGCCAAGAGAGAUUCCAUUCCGUAAGCUCUACGUUUUAUAGAGGCUCUGACGCCUGCAUUUUAGUCUUCGAUAUCACGAACCAUGACUCGUUCAAAAAUCUUUGCAAAUGGAGGCAAUCAAUGCUUGAAAAAGGUGGAAUGGACGAUACAAGAUCUUUUCCAUUUAUUAUUAUGGCAAAUAAAUCUGACCUUGAAAGCCAGCAAGCUGUUUCCCAGGAAGAGUAUAUGUCAUACGCUAGUGAAAUUGGAGCUAAGGUUAUAAAUGUUAGCGCCAAAACUGGCAUUAAUAUUGAAAAAGCAUUCGAAUUUGUCGGUAAAGAAUACCUAAGGGUUUGUUCUCAAUAUGUCCAUCAGCUUGGAACUAAUAUUAGACUAUGUCAGCCCCUUGUUAAACAGUCCCAAUGUUGCUAA